AAAAAAAAAAAGAAAAAGAAAAAUGCAGCAGUAUGCCUUUUUUUUUCAGAGGUUCUCUCUAAUAUGUCGAUGAUGCCAAACGACUAUUUUCCUUUCUUUAGAUCUCUUGCGUCUUAACUUGCCAUAGAAAGUUGCUUUUAUAUUUUGAAGGCUCCAUUUGGAAAUUGGUUUGCAAUUAACUAUCCUCCAUAUCACUCUUUUGGUAAGCUUCACAUUUUCGUGAUCUUGCGUUUUCCCCCUUUUUCCUCUUAAAUCUUCGGCGUUGAACCGUUCUUGUACUGCUGUAUUUAUUCGAUCUGGGCCUGUGUUUUUUCCUCUUCAACUCACUGAUUAUGAGCUCUUUUUUUGUUUAUUUAACAAAGACAAAGCUCAUUAGAAUGCAUUGUUCUUGUUUGUUUAAAUGCCUGUGAGAAACGUGUUUUUUGGGGGUCUUGUGGCGCAUUUUUCUUGAAGGUGCUUGGCUGCAUUGGUCUAUUCUGGAUAAUUCAUAGCCAAGCUUAUAUUGAAGAAUUUUUUCGGGAGGAACUACCCAGGGGAUUUGAUGAAAGGUGCUUCUAAUAGCUUACGUUCAGCUUUCUCCUACUGUGUACAGCAAGUUCGAAGUUAUGAUUACCAUCACUAUCUCUGCCUCCUCGAGCUUCCCCCUAACAUGCGGAAGGCUGCAUUUGCCUUUCGCGCCUUGAAUGUUGAAACUGCCAGAGCCAUGGAUGUUGCUUCAGAUCCCAGGAUUGGUCUUAUGCGCCUCCUCUGGUGGCAAGAAACUAUAGAUAAGAUUUAUGCCAACAAGUUGGUUGAGCACCCAACUGCACAGGCCCUCUCAUCAGUGAUAUCUGAAAAUAGAAUUACUAAGGGUUGGUUGAAACGGUCUGUUGAAGCACGCAUCAAUGAUGCGAGAAGAGAGGUUACUGACAUCCCAGAAACUUUAGAAGAGUUAGAAAAAUACGCCGAGGACACCGUAUCAACAAUGCUAUAUAUGACGCUUCAAGCGGGUGGCAUCAGGUCCACUGCAGCUGACCAUGCAGCAUCUCAUAUCGGUAAGGCAAGCGGCCUUCUAUUGCUACUUAGGUCACUGCCAUAUCAUGCUAGUCGCAACCGUCACUUUUCAUAUAUACCAACUGAUGUGGCAACAAAACAUGGGUUAUUAGCCAAGGAUGGAGGUCGAUCGGAGGUCCAUUUGGAUUCACGUGAGAACUUAUGUAAUGCUGUCUUUGAGAUGGCAUCAGUAGCUAAUGCCCAUUUGCAGAAGGCUCGUGCAUUAGCUGGAACAGUUCCUGCUGAAGCUCGCCCAGUACUUUUGCCAGCUGUUCCGGCCCAAAUUCUCUUGGACUCCCUGAGUAAGGUGCAAUUUGAUGCGUUUGAUCCAAUGUUAGAAGGAGGAGUUCUGGGCAUUCCCCCUUUGUGGUACCAAUUGAAAUUGAAAUGGGCUUCAUGGAGGGGGAAAUACUGAUUGCUAAUUCAUUCAACGGGAGAGUUGGUGGUUGGGCAACGCUAGAGAAUUCUCAUAAUAUCAGUUCCUUUUCUUUACAAUAAACUUGGUGAUAGCGUCAUUAAACAUUUAGUUUUUGGAAUUUCCUUGAUACUGGCAUGGUAUAGUUUUGAAACCCCAUGGCACAUGAAAUUUACAAUUCUGCAAAAUGCACAGGCCGAGCUGAGAGGAACGUCUGUUUGCCGUGUUCAUACUAUCGUAUUGAAUGAUUUGGUUGUUUGCUGUCUCCAUAUAAUGGAUAUAGUUUUAGUUGCUGGUUGGUUGGGCCGGUUCGAUGGCUCUAUAUAUAAAUUAGUAGUUUUUGAUUC